GCAGUUUUGGUCGUCUUCACUACCGGCCGGUUCUGCCACAGAACACCUACCAGUUUCUGCUCGAUAAUUUUUCUAUUUUUGCUACGGAGUAGUUUGUUGCAGCCGUGGAGCCUUGAGUUUCCCGAGCUUUGGCUCAUUCACCCCGCCUGCCUUGGCCUAAUUGACGUGUCAACGUAUUCUCCUUCGUACUUCAUAUGUGUAAUUGUGUGCGAUAAUCAAAAGAAACAGCUCCGCAGCGGCCACCGAGAAAAAAAAAAAAAGCAUGGCAACAGGUCGUCAGGUCCUUGUGGUGGUUUGUCUUGUAUUUGGCAUUUUUCUUUACGGAAUUUUCGUCGGCUUGCCAGAAGAAGGGCAGACGUCCGUCGGAUCGCCCAAAAGGAAUCGGGGAACUAUCAUCACCACAAGCGAAGAAUGUGACCUGCCAUCCUCCGCCGAUGUCAAAACUCCUUGGCGCUCGUUCAACUACAAACAGCUCAGUGUGCCUGCGAGUAUCAGCAGUGGGGCCAGUCAAGUCAAGCCAUCGGAGGCGACAGUCAUCGUCGAUGGCCUCACAGUUUUUUACCGGGAAGUGAAUCCCCAGGGAGCACAUACCAACAUAUCGGUGCUGAUGCUGCACGGGGCAGCCUUCAAAUCCGAAACUUGGUACAACCUCGGAACCUUGGGCAAUUUGAGUCUGAUGGGCUACCGAGUUGUGGCCAUCGAUAUGCCUGGGUUUGGCAACUCACCGGCUGGCACAAUUACCGACAAGACAGCAUUCCUGCAGCACCUCUUGGCGGCUCUUCAUCUUAACAACCCAGUGAUAGUUAGCCCCAGCCUGAGUGGUCAGCUGAGCCUGCCGUUCCUGGUUAAGCAUUGGCAGCAGAUGGCUGGAUACGUUCCGGUAGCCCCCGUUGGUUGGAAUGUGCUGGAGCAGGUGCAGUGCGACACUCGUGAUGUCCCGGUGGACGUGUCCCAGGUUUACCCGCCGCUCCAAGUCCACUUGCCGAAGCAGGUUCCCAAUCUGAGCUGCAUCAAGGUGCCCACAAUGGUGGUGUUUGGAGAGCACGACCGGAGCACGAGCUCGGCGCUGCUCAACCUCCUGCCUAACAGCGUGGCUGUCGAGGUGCCCCACGGCAGGCACCCGGCUUACCUGGACAACCCCAUUCUCUGGCAUCAGGCACUGUACAACUUCCUGCUCCGUUUGCGCUACGGACUGCAGCAGCAGACCACCAAAAGCAGCUCAUGAGUCGGUGCCGUUCGAAUGUCCUAUUGCCUCUCGAUUGUUUCCUAUGUUAUUUCCUAGCCUUUGCGCGGUCGCUGGAGUUGGAACGUUCUUUGAAGUUGUUUGUUUGAUAUAAAGAAAUGGUAUAGGUGUGCUACUGUUGGUCUGUUCAUUAAUAGGGCCACCAAGUACAUACCGCUAAACGUUGUUGUAGGAAAGUGGUGUAUGACACAACAGUAGCUUCUUUAUACACAUUUGUUACAACUAAGUACCUAUUAUCUAUUACAUUAAAGUAACAAUGAGGCACUGCUAUCAUUUACUUUGUUACACCUGGUGUUAUACGGUGUUCCAUCAUAGCGAGUUUCAGCAGUAGCAACGUCUAACUGGCUCAAACUAGUAGUUGAUUAUUGGUUCAAAUGUCAGCCUGGCAGUGUCACCGUAAAGAACAAAGGCGAAAAAUUGCUUUCCCAAAUUGUGGUCUCUCGCUGAUUAGAUGGAUUCAUUGCCUUUGUUUCCGCUACACUUUUUGCAGUUAUUUUGCAGAAUUUUUUGCCAUGUAACCGGUGGCAAAAUUUGCUAAGGUACAAUUCUUGGUUUGUUCUCCUUGGAGCAUGAUCAGGCUAGUUGCUGUUGAACUGUUUCGUUAUCAUAGACUGAACUCUAGCGGAAUUCGCGACAUCUUGGAGCCACUCACUUUCCAGAUGGUGUCACUCUUAUCGCGCAACUGUCUUUUCCGUUUCGCAUUUGUUCUAACGACGUACUUGCAGUGCAGAAAGUGCAAUAUGUCCACUUUAUGUAACCAAAUAUUUUUUUACCAUCCUAUUAAAGGAGCUUUGUUGCACAGCAGCGCUUGUGUUUGUUUUGCACCACCAUCAACAUUUUCAAAUAGGUCCCUGCCAACUGAAAAGCCACAAAGCCGUUUGAAUCCUUUAACAUUUCUGUUACUUUUGGGACGUUAAACCCCACAAAUCUAACAUUUCUGUUACAUUGUGUAACCUUGAUUUUUUGAGAUCACAGAAACACCUGUGCUCUUAAACGAGCAUUUUUUUUGGCGAUAUGUCGCAUGUACUAAAAUCGAGGAGGUUAUAAGAGUUCACAAAAUGUACGACCUGCUGUGCUGUUCUUGGUCUAAACUUGACACUUGAUUCAAUCAGGCCAGUUGUCAUCGCAUUGUCGAGUGAUUCUGCCCACAUGAAGCUUCAUUCCUCGUAUCUCGAUUGGUGUUAGUUGUUUUGAUUGUUGGAACGGCAUUUAUCAUUUGCUGAAAUGUUUGCAGCUCUUGUCCAAGCGCUGAAUCGCAUUGCGUGUCAUAUUGUUAUCUCUUGACACAGCACUUGUUGCUGUGUUUCUUGUGCAAGUUGUAAUAGUUUAGGAAGCUUUUAUUCUUGUAUAUUGCUUGUUUGUUUCCACUGGCGAGGCAUCUAGGGCUUAAAUUUCAGCAUCUCCUACAUUAUGUGUUGUUACAGAAGUUAUCGUUAUUUACUCUUAUGUUGGGAGAGUUCUUCCAUGUAGCCCAAUAAUACAAAAGUUGCGUUUCACAUGCACACGUCAAACAUUAUUUGUGCACACGAACACAGUGUUGAUACACAUGCUACUUGUACAUCGAUGUUGUUACAACCAGUAUUGUUUAAAAACACACACACACAUCACAGGACUCACUCACCAUUUUCUGUUAAGCAGUCUGCCUGACUUCAUUCUUUGUGGAAACAGCGCGUUGACAAAGCUUUUACGUGUUGUGAGAGAAUUCAUUUAGGCAUUCAAAGUUACUAUUCUUGCUGUUUCACCUGUCAGAUAGUUACCUGGCUUUACUAAUUGGAAAAUGAAGUGAAGAAAACGCGCAUUCCAGUUGUCUUGCACAGCUCACUGUUUCAAGUGACGACAUUGUCCGGAUUUCACGACGCGCACAAUUACGUGCAGUACACGUUGGUAUAUGCGUAAUGUUUGCUUUAACCUCUCGUCACUGCCCCAGGUUUUGCUGUGUUAACACUGUGUGCAAAGAGAACGCUUGCACGCACAACUGGAGAGAGAAAAAAAAAAUGUUCCUACAUUUUUGUAUGUCAUUAUACCUUUAGGGUGCUUUGAUUUGCUGUAAAAUUUCGUUUCUUUGUGUGUGAGUGUUUGUAUCAUAACGAGUCGAGCUCUCAAUUGCCAAAGAGGCCACCACAUAGUAGUUUCGAGUAUUUGAGCACGGCUAAACAAAGGCAGCCAUACAAUAUUUUAGCAGAGUGUUUUGUAAAACUUUGCUUUCUGUGCAUCAUUGAUGUAUUUUUGUUUAACCGAGGUUGGUGUUCAGAAACUGUGAACCUCGUGGUUGCUGUUAUGAUCGUUGCAGAGUUGAGCACUUGGUCCACCAACCUACUCUGGAUUGUUGCAAUAUGUGCGCAUCACACAUUAUAAUGUUGUUUGUUAUGAGCAGGCACAUUGAAGACACGUCUCGUAUAUUAGGGUGUUGGUAUGCUAGUCCUAUCAGUCGUCACACUCAAAUCAUUGGUGACUAUAACUCUGCCGUAAUUCUCCUUAUUUUUCGCAAGGUGUUCUGCGAACGUUAAUGUGAUAUUUUCAAAUCAAACAGACCGCACGAGUAUCUUUGAUGUUUCUACGAGCACCGUCGUCGGAGCAAAAGUCGACGAAUUUGUCACACACAGUCCAACGCCGUUAGGCAUUUGCAGUGAGAGAUAACAGAGGCCUCUUCUAUUUUUGUUGAAUAAUAAUAUGUUUGUUUUUAUGCACUUGGCACCUACAAUGGCUCACAUGUACAAACAUCCAAUUCCAGAGUUGUUUUUUGUUGCCAUAUCAAAGUGGUGAGUCUUGGUGUUAUUUUUGUAUCGUCUGUGUGUUGCAAAUAAAAGUUUGAGCAUACAUCA